AACUAUAUUCUCGUCCCCGAGCUUUCAUCAGAUUCAGCGAUCUUCAUUCCCUGCAAUUCAAUCGCGCGAUCAUGUUUGCUGAGUCUUGUCAAAUGCGCCGAGGGUAUUCGGCACUAACCCCUUCAAAACUGCCCCCCGCCCAGGCAGAUUUAGCCUGUAAAACCUUGCCUGCUGUCCUCGCGUCUUCCACCCUCCAACUCUCUCCCUCUUCCAUCUCCCGGAGCGUCGCUCCAACGUCCACCCCUACUUUUUACCAGCGAUUCCAUCGCUUUCCGGCGCAAUGAAUUCCCGCGAGCAUUCUGAUAUGCCUCCGACCGCCUCCUACCCUUCCCCCAACGCGGCGCAGAUGGGUCAGGGGGCUAUGCAGUACUACGCGAACCGCCAGUUGACAGCCGACGAGCUCUUAUCUGCUGAGCUGUCCCGCGAGACCUCUGGCCCCGGCCUCGCUGACGGCUCCAGUAAUGGCGUUCACCAUGGCCAGUCAAUGGUUUUAGGAACCUCAAACCCCGGUGGUGGCGAUAUGGGCCGUCCGUCGUCGCCCGACCAGCAUCAACAGCAGCACAUGCUACAGUUCACCCCCAGCCAACAAGUCGGUGUCGAUCCAAACCACGAUCUAAGCUAUGGGGAUCAGAGCGCUAGAAGGAAAAGAUCGAAAAUAUCUCGCGCUUGCGACGAAUGCAGACGAAAGAAGGUUCGUUGCGAUGCAAGCUCCGAGUCCGGUGUUGAGACGUGCUCCAACUGUCGACGACUUGGGGUUGUUUGCCAGUUCAGUCGUGUUCCCAUGAAGCGUGGUCCCAGCAAAGGUUACAUCAAGGAACUUGCAGAGCGCCUUCACACCCUUGAAAGCCAGAUGCAGCCCGCCAUGGUUCAUCCUGACAUGCCUUACCAACCUAUGAAUGAGGUGUCGUCGCCAAGAGCUUAUCAGGACUUCUCACCACCGAUGGAUGCGGGCUCCAUCGGUCGCAAGCGGACUUAUUCUGUGUUUGAAGGACUUCCAAGCUCCUCUUUCGCGCAGCCGCAAUUCAACUCUCGCUCUCAGAAUGCUUUCGACACUGGAGAAACCUCGACCGAUCCGUACAACCCUUCGGCUGUGAGCGGUACAGCACCAAAGCCUGGAAACUUGUUCUGGUCGACCGGCAACGAAACUGAGCUACCGCAUGGACUAGAUAUACCCGAAGUGCCCAAACAAGCUAUGGAAGAAGAUAUGACCCCUUUGGAAGUGGACGAGGGAACUCUCAACGCUUAUUAUCAAAAAAUUCACCCCGUCUUCCCCAUCUUGUCGCACUCUAAGCAACGUCUACUCGAGAUUCUACACCAGUGUAGCCGUGAAGUGCAGGAGAUUUUCCUUUACAGCCUAUACACUGUUACGCGCACCAAUAUGGAUCGUAUCAUAAGCACUUUCGAGAGGGUCACCUCUUUUGAUAAUGCUCAAGACCUUCUCUUGUACUAUACUCGGCAACCAGCUUUGGCUCGCCCGACAGGGGUAAACCUAGUUUGGCUCCAGACCAUGCUACUUAUGAUUUUGGACUGUGAUUCUCGGGGACCGGACAACUUUGUUCUCAAGGAUGGUGUGCCUAAACAUUCUUUGAUCCAGUCGGCUAGCAAGCUAGGCUCUGAUUUGGUCAAGGGUCUAGGUCAGCUGAAAAGCAAACGUUCCUCGGAUCCAGACGUUGAUUCGGAGGCAAAUCUUGCACGUCGCAAUUGGGUAGCCUUGGCAAUCCUGUCUCGCUGGCACGCCAUCAGCGUAGCUGAUCCAAGUAUUCUCGGAACAUAUGAAAUUGGUGGUCAUGAGGAUGAGAGAGUUGUCGGCCCAGUUACCACGGGUAUUGGAUCGUAUUCUACUUACCUCGUGGAAUUGGUCACGCUGGGCGCUAUCGAGAACAAUGUAUGCCAAACUAAUACUGGCUUGGGCCGUAUGGUAGGGGCAAACAUGGUAGCUUCACUCGAGCGCCUGACCCAGGUUGAUGAUUUCCACAAAUUGAACGAGACCUUGGAAGGAGCAACGUCCCAAAGCUUCCUUGAAAGUUUACAAAAUCAACUUGACUGGACUAUCCGGCUGUUGAUCAAACGCCACAUCUAUGUCUACAGUCCCUACGAAAUAAUUUACAGUGCCAUAGAGGUCAUUAAUGAGAUGCACAAGGCGAACUUACAGUCUCGUCUUACAACACCGUUUGAUCUUCACAGCCUAGCUUUAGCCUCUAUGACUCUGCUGGAAGCAACAGUCAUUCCAGAGCAUGCUAAUGAGUGCUGGGAUGCGCUGAAAAAGGUCGAAGAAAUUCUGGAUUACCGUGCGAAGCAGAGUACUGGAGCGGCAGAAUUCGGUGACAUAUUUGCCACCCCAGGCUGGGAUUCUAAGAUCCGCAUUUUCUUAGAAUGGCGACGAACCAAGUCGCAAGAAAGUCAACUCCAGGACUCCAAUAUGGGCAAAAGUGGCUCUGCCGCUCCCCCAGUCAUGGGCCCGAAUGAACAACGGUCUCUCCAACAUCUGGCCGAUCUCGCUGUAGGUGCCGAAGGCACCGUGGCUGCCAAUGCUGGAUCACCACCUGCACUCUCGGCUGAUAACAAUCUGAACGCCACUUCACCGAAUCUCAGUUCUGUCUCACAACCACAAGGUCGCAUUGUGGUUGAUUUUACUCUUCUCACCAAGGAGGGAUAUCUCAAUGUCUUUUCAGGUUUGAUCUAUCGCCGCUCUCGUUGAUAUAUGCUACGCCUUUGCUCUGAUCUGAGCAAGUUUCCAAUGACAAGAGCUUUUCGUAUCGCUCACGAAAAUCUAUAUGUA